UCCCGGCAGCAAAUAGACAGACGUCCUGCAUGAUUGAGUCUAAAGUGGCUGAUACCCAAAUUUCUGCAGAGGCGCGGCGGAGCUGGCGGAGAGCAGACGGAGCGCAGAGAGCUGCCGCGCGGCGCCGCAGGCAGUCCGUCCGUCCGCGAGCUGCACGCGAGCUGGACUUUCUGAGCUUAUACACCAAGACCAGACCCCCUCCACAGUUUGGAGGAAUCCUGAUAUUAAUAUUAAUAAUUAUAACCAGAGGAAGGAGGUGAACGCGGAGGACGCAUCGCUUUGGGAGAGCAGCGGAGGCGACGCAGGUACAAAGGAGAGGCGAACCGGUCCAAGUUGCUCCGCGCGGAUGGCAUCCGUACUUGGGAACAGCAGCCGCGCGUCGGGGGCUCAGGGCGGGCAGGUCCGGUGCAAGCUGAGGAGGAGGAGGAGGAGGAGGCCGAAGAGAAAAGAGAAAGUCAGCAUGCUGUCAGCAUUGAUUGCUCCCUUCAAGUACAUCAGCCCUGGGACCAGCAGCACAGAGGACGAGGACAGUUUAAGCACCAGCAGUGCAGAGGUAAAGGAAAACCGGAAUAUCGGGAACUUGGAGGACCGCUCCGUCAACUCCGGAGAGCGUCAGCCUGUUUUCUGCUCCGACACUACGCAAGGCAGCAGCUCUGGUCGGAAGAGGAAACGGCCGCUGGAGGAAGAAAACAACGGGCAGAUGUGUCAGCUUCGUCUCAUCUAUAAGAAGCUGUCCUGGACCGAAGCUCCGAAGAACGCUCUGGUGCAGCUGAAUGAGCUCAGACCGGGCCUCCAGUACCGUGUUGUGUCGCAGACCGGCCCAGUCCACGCUCCCCUUUUCUCCAUCGCAGUGGAGGUUAACGGAAUAACCUUUGAGGGCUCAGGACCCACCAAGAAAAAAGCCAAGAUGAGGGCUGCAGAACUGGCGCUCAAGUCCUUCAUUCAGUUCCCAAAUGCUCCUCAGGCCCACCUGGCAAUGGGAAACAUCUCCAACCCCUCAGCUGACUUCACGUCCGACCAGGCCGACUGUCCCGACACGCUCUUCAAGGAGUUUGAGUCCUCGCCUUUAUCUGACGGCCUCUCACUCUGUAGCUCGGCCAGCGAGAGCAAGCUGCUGUCAAGCAAACUGCUUCGACAUGGACGACUGCUCCGCCACACGUUGGACCUGAUGGUCCAGGCUCAGCAGAGGCUAGGUGGGAUUGUUCCAGAGCCUGGGGACCCCAAGAGCCCCGUGGCCAUGCUGAACGAGCUCCGUCCCGGCUUACGCUUCACUUGUCUGUCAGAGCGUGCCGAGGGCCGACGACUGCGAAGUUUCGUGAUGGCAGUACGCGUGGACGGGCGGAUAUUUGAGGGCUGCGGUCGCAGCAAGAAGCUGGCAAAGACCCAGGCUGCCCGGUGUGCUCUUCAGGCCCUCUUCAACAUCAGGACGACCCCUGAGGGGAGGACCGGCCUAAAUGUCAGCAGGAAGAGUUGUCCUCAUUUACCGCAGGACUUUGCCGAUUCAAUAUUCCACCUGGUGAGAGAGAAGUACCGGUUGCUGGUGGGUGGCUGCAGUCCUGCACAUGUGCGACACAAAUCCCUGGCAGGCAUCGUAAUGACCCGAGAUUUGGACCUGAGGCACGCCCAGGUGGUGGCCUUAUCAACAGGCACUAAAUGCAUCAACGGGGAGUAUCUGAGCGACCAAGGACACGUGGUGAACGACUGUCAUGCUGAGGUCACAGCUCGGAGAGCUCUACUACGCUUCCUCUACUCCCAACUCGAGCUCCUCCUGAGUAAACGUCCGGAGGAGGUGGAGUCGAUAUUCGUCCGUCACAGAGACAGCAGCUACAGGCUGAGAGACAACGUCCAUUUCCACAUGUACAUCAGCACAUCGCCGUGUGGAGACGGGAGGCUCAACUCACCCUACGAAAUCACCAGCGACCUUCACAGCAGCAGACACCUGGUGAGGAAGCACCGGAGCCACCUGCGGACCAAGAUCGAGUCCGGCGAGGGGACGGUGCCGGUGCGAUGCCGGGGGCCUGUCCAGACGUGGGACGGCGUUCUGCAGGGGGAACAGCUCAUCACCAUGUCCUGCACUGACAAGAUCACCAGGUGGAACAUCCUGGGCUUGCAGGGGGCAUUGCUGAGCCACUUCAUGGAGCCCAUUUACCUGCACAGCAUGACUGUGGGCAGCCUACGCCACCCGGGCCAUCUGGGCCGAGUCUUGAACCAGCGCCAGGAACGUCUGGGUCCGCUGCCUGGAGCGUACCGACGGAACCAGCCCCUGCUAAGCGGACUGAGCAGUGCUGAGUAUCAGCAGCCAGGGAAGGCUACCUGUGUCAGCAUUAACUGGACACUGGGCGACGCCCAGCUGGAGGUGGUCAACACCGCAACAGGACGGAGGCGGGACUCAGGGACGCCGUCACGCCUCUGUAAACACGCCCUGUUUACCCGCUGGACCAGACUGCACCGCAAGUUGGGGGUCCACGCGCCCGGAUCAGCCGACCAUCAGCUUAUGUACUGUGAGGCCAAGAUGGCAGCGCGUCCUUACCAGACGGUGAAGCAGCAGUGGUUCAGAUCUCUCCAGGAAACGGGCCUCGGUACCUGGGUCCGAAAACCCCCAGAGCAAGACCAGUUCCUACUGCUCAUCUGAGUCCGAGUCCAAGUCUGAGUCUGAACUUUAUUUUUUUAGAAUAAUAUGACACAUUUUCCACCUUCAGACCCAUCAAAACCAUUUGGGUCUACUUCAUUCAUGUGGGUACAAGGGGACCAGAGGAAGGUCACCUGGGACAAAAACUAUGUAUUUUCUUUAAACAUGUGAUCACACUGACACCCCCCCCAUCUUCAUCUGACAUCAGAGAGAGUGUGUGUGGGGGGGUAACCUUGAGCUGAAUGAAAGGCAGCCACUAUCUUGUCAUCAGCUAUUUUCCGUCCCGAAGGCAUGCGAUGAGGAGAACCACGGA